AGCCAGUAAAGGAGCAGGGGAAGCAAAUGAAAUUUACUGUCGUCAAGGAGUUCAAAAUGUCCGACCAGCCUAAACAUGGACCUCCCCAUGGGAUGGAAAAACAUGAUUUAGGUGGACAUGAUGAUCUUGGUGGUUUAAGUCAUGCUCAGCAAGCGGACCUUAAUCAAUUUAAGGUAAAAACAAGAAUUGGCAAUGAAAAAUAUUUAAGAGAUCACCCUGAAGUAGAGUGUUUGAUUGCUGGAUUUUUAAGUGAUGUCCUCACAAAGCGACCAGAAAGCAUUAGAGAAUUUGCUGCAGAAUAUUUUACCAACCCAGGACUUGCUGACAAAGUGGAGAGCCAACUGGCUGGUCGUCAAGAAACACUGAAACAAAACCGUGUCAUUCAAAGCUUGACUUAAAAUGUAUUUUAGUCAUUUUUAUAGAGAUUUUUCUUGAAUAAAAAGUACAUGUAACAAGAAAUAAUUAUUAUAUUUUAGAAUAAGGUUUUUUUAAUCAGCCAGAAUGUCACAUUUUCAGUGGUACCUAAAAAAUAAAAUAAAUAAAAAAAAUAACUAAUGUUUCAAUGUUACGAGCAAGUAAAGUCUUAUUGUUUACAUUUCUUUACAGAAGUUAAAUAAGGUUGAUAUAAUUUCACUUACAGUUACACUGAAAGCAUAAAAUAUGAAUGAUCAUAAAAAAAACAUUUAGCCUACUAAAAAGUAAAUUGUUAUUGUUAGUGUGUUGUAGGUAGGUGUUAAGAUUUUUAUUUCUGUGAUAACAACUGAUUUUAUAUCUGCAUAAUAUUUUUUCCUAUUACUAUUACAAUAGGCCAGGUAUAUUUAAUGUGUUACACUGGUGAGUGAGACAGACUCCACAGAAUCUCAUGUUAUUGACUUGAAAAAUUUUGCUUCUGUGCAUUGAAUGUCAUUUAUAUCUAUUGUAUACUUUUAUUUGUUAGGUGAUGGUGUUUAAGUGACUGCUUCUCUCUCUUCUUCCCCUAUGAGCCAUAAAAAAAUUAAUUUAAGUUUGUUUUAAGUACUGGUAUAAAAAUACUUUUACUUUGAAAAGUCUUAUAAUUCCUUACAAUAAGGACAUCCUAAUUUAUUCUUCACAUUAGCAUAGUAACUUUUAGCUCAUUCAUUCAUAAUUUUAUUAUCAUCUUUAUUUGUUAUUGAAUGUUGUCUUUAUUUAAGAUAAUGCAUUGAUAAUGACAAAAAUAUUUUUUGUGUUAAACAUUAAACACUUA